CACAUCCUAACAGAAGUCAUCUUAAAUCAUUCACUACCUACAUCACCCUUUUCAGAGCUGUUGAAAUUCUUCCCAAUGACAGCGUACGACGAAAUUGCCGAGGUCGAGGCCGACAACGAGUGCAGAGCUUGGUUGGUAAAAGCUCUUAGCGCAAAGGACGAAAUUGUAGCCUUCGUAUCAAGCCGCCGUACAGGUUGUCCUGAAGGGGAAUUUAAUGGGUAUCUGAGGGGCUCUUUCAACUUCUGCAUCUCCGUUCGCUUCAACGAUGGAGGACCGAAGGCCAUCAUCCGGUUCCCAAAACCAGGCCACACAUUCACCGCCCGACGAGAGGAGAAGGUAAAGAGCGAGGUCCAAGUUUUAGAAUAUUUGAGAGAAAAGACAAAACUCCCCGUACCUCGUGUAACCAGCUGGGGUUUAACGCACGAAAGCCCCAAAAAUCUUGGUCCCUUUAUCAUCAUGGAUCUUGUCGAUGGCACUUCACUUACUACCCUCUUGAGGCAGCCUAUUCAGUCUGAAGAGGACGAUAUAAUUCUGAAAGAAGAUAUAGAUGCUGCCAAACUGGACUACGUCUACGAACAACUGGCGGAAUUUAUGAUUGAACUGUCUCGGCUGGACUUCGACGCCAUUGGAGCCAUAGUUAAGAACUCGGACACGGAUAAGUGGCUAGCAACUGAGAGGCCGUUUACUUAUAACAUGUACGAAAUGGCGGUAACAGUCUUGAAUUACCCUGUGGACACUUUUCCCGCUGCGCCGUUCCGGACCACCAAAGAGUAUCUCGAAUACCAAUCCGAUGAAAACCUUACUCACCUUCGCGUACAACGUAACCUGGCAAGAAAUAUACAAGAUAUCAAGAGGAGGUAUAUUGCGCGCCACCGGUUCCGACAGCUCAUUCCAAAAUAUUGCAUAGACAAUAAUGGUCCUUUCAAGCUCUUCUGUGACGAUUUACAGCCCUCAAACAUACUCGCUGACCCAGAAACUCUUAAGGUCCAUGCAAUACUAGACUGGGAAUUCACGCAUGCAAUGCCAGCACAAUUCUCCUCUGAUCCUCCGUGGUGGCUCAUUUUGAAAGGACCAGAUAUGUGGCUAGAAAAUUAUAGCAUGGAAGAGUUCCUAGCUCGCUAUAAACCUAGGUUGGAGCAGUUCCUUCGCGCCUUAGAGCGCGUGGAGACGAGAUCACCACCGAAAGAACCCAAACUAUCGACUCAGAUGCGAGAAUCCUGGAAGAGUGGUCGGUUUUGGUUCGAUUACGGGAUUAGGAAGAGCCUGGAUGUAGAUGAUAUUUACUGGGGUGCGCUUCAUCGAGAAGGGGACGAUUCGCUCGACGAGGAACAUCAGAGAAAGAUGGAAGAGUUGAUUGAAACGAAGAUGAAGGAUCUGGAAGCAUAUGACAAGGAGUGCAAGGAGAGGGGCUUAUAAGGAAGCGUAAAAGGAACGGCGUGAUGAUCGUGCUUAUUGGAACUAAAUUGAUAGAUGUAAAGAAGACAUGCGCAUAGGGCAAAGCCAGUUGGAUAUGUAUUAGACCGUAGUUGGGGUAUUAUGAGCUGAACUCGACCAACGCAGAAGUGUGCUAAGCUGCCCCCGCUGCCGCCGCAACAAUGCCG